CAUAAGGAGAAGGUGGUGAUGGUGGAGCGGCUGGGUUUGCCACGGUAACCAUGUUCGGCGAGGACAGGUCUGCAACGUGUUCUUUGGAGACGGGAGCGUCGUCACCGCCACCUGCAACGGAGCGUACCAAGUGUACCCGUCCAGUGUAGGUCUGCUGUUCAUCAACCAGGACGUGAGUUGUGUGUACACGUCAGAUCCUGAACACAGCCCAGCCCUGAGUCUAGCCAGCUGGAGUCCCAGAGAGCAGCCAGCCAGCUACAGGAUGAACCACACCUUUACCUCAGACACACUGUGGUGAGGUCACAGACCACCACGGGAACCUCUUCCAGGUGAUGAAGGAUGGCCAGGCAUCAGUGGAGAUCUCUAGCCCUCUGGACAGCAGAGUGGAGGAGGAGGAGAUGGAGGAGGAGAUGGAGGAGGAGGAGGAGGGAGGGCUGCCAGAAGAGAGAGAGCUGGCCAAGCAUCCUAUUGGACGUAAAGUCCACAUUCCCAGGUUGUUCAUGGCCCAUGAGGAUGGUUCAGGCACAGAGCUGCUGUACUCUCAGACAGUAGAGGAACGUCUGUAUGAGGACUACUCUGACCCUGCUGUCGCCCUGCUUAAAGAACCCCUCCCAGGCCUACAGGGUGUGCUGGGUAUAACGGUGCUGAGACCCUCUCGUCAGGACGUGUGGUCCAGAUGGGUCAUCCAGAAACAAAACAAGGACAUCAUCCCCACCAACCUCCAGUCCCGUCGCUGGGACAACUUCCCCUCAGUAGAGAUGAUGGAGACGCAGGUCUGCCGUUCGGGACUACCCUGGGCGGGGUCUGACCCUGAGAGGUUUAAGCCUGUUUCUGGAGGCCUACAGGCCGUGCUGACGCUGUCCUGA